AUGGAAGGAAAUAUGAAGAUUGUAAUUUUUACAAGAAUUCUAAUAUUUAUUCUACUAGCAUGGAUAUAUCCAUAUUUUAACAAAGGGCUAUUUUAUAAAAAAAUAUAUUUCAUUUUAUUUAUUCAGUGUCUAUUGGGGACAUAUUUGGAUAAUACAUACAAUAAAAACAAAACGUUACAUAUACAAAAUGAACGCUUAUUAGCAAAAAAUGAUUUUCCAAAAAAACGUGAAAAUAAAGACUUAGGAGUGCCUCUAUCACUUCAAAACGAACAUAUAAGGUUAAAAAAUAAAUCAGAAAAUAUACCAAUGAAUAAAACAGUUGAAGUAUGCAGAAAAAAUGCCAUUACUCAUAAUAAGAAUGGAUUAAAAGUAUCUCUAUCUUACCAUAAUGGAAAUAUGAAGUUCAAGAAUGAGGCAGAAAAUAUGCCAUUAAAUACAAAAGAUGAUCUAUGUAGAAAGAAUAGCAUUCCUCAUAAUAACAAAGGAUUAAAAGGAACAUUAUCUUAUAAUAAUGACAAUAUGGGGUUAAAAAAUGAGGCAGGAAAUAGACCACUAAAUAUAAAAAAUGAACAAUCUAGUAAAAAUGUAAAUUAUCCUCAUAACAAAGACUUAAAUGUAUAUUUAUCAUGUAAUAAGGAAGAAAUAAUGUUAAAAAAUAACUCAAAAAAUAUACAAACAAAUAAGGAAUUACAGAAAUAUUCAAAAAGUAGCCUUCUUUGUGAUAACAAAGGCUUAAAUGAAACAACAACUAAAUAUAAAAAAUUAAAAUGGAUUGAUUAUUACUUUGAAAAAAAAAUAUUUAGUCACCUUGAAAAAUUAUAUAAGCAUAAAGAACACGAUAAUAUUAUGAAUAAAAAUUCAAAAAGAAGCUCUUAUAGAAUGAAAUGCGUAUGUGGAUUUUUAUCUCCAGUUAUUGUUUUAGUUGGAGGAAUAAUUUAUAUAUUUUUUGGACCCAAUCCAGGAAGUACUCGUGAAGGUCAGAGUACAAUGGGUCCUAUUAACCCAUUAUAUGUUAUACCAUUCGUUACAAUAUUAGCUAUUUAUUUAGGAAUAGUUUUUUAUAUUAUCUUAAAAGUUCUAAAAUAUAAAAGAUUAAAAGUUACAAAUACAGAAAUAAAAUAA